AUGAGCUGCCUCGCCGUGCACGGCAACUCGGACACCCUGCUCAUCUGCAACGGCUACAAGGACAAUGGCUACGUCUCGCUCACGCUCAUGGCGCGCUCCAUGGGCCUCAACACCAUCAUCAUGCUUGAGCAGGAGGAGGAGCUCGACAUUGUCGUCGACGCCAGCUGCCGCCUCGGCGUGCGCCCUGUCGUCGACAUGCGCGCCAAGCUGCGCACCAAGCACAUCGACGACUUCGGCUCCAUGUCCGGGGAGAAGGGCAAGUUCGGCCUCAACGCCACGCAGAUACUAUCCGUGGUCACCAAGCUCAAGGCCAUUGCUAUGCUCGACUACCUCUAG